AUGCCAAAAUCGGUUAAGCCUAACCAGAGGAACAGUGAUGCGCAUCAUCAGAAAAUGAAAGACAAUUGUAAUUCCAAUACCAUUGAGCCUAUGACGAUUGGUAGAAAUUCAAUAUCAAGGCAUCGUGAUUCGGUAAGUACGAACCGCUCACUUUCAAGGUCAAGGUCAAGGUCAAGGUCACGAUCACAUUCACGGCAAGGAUCACUAUCCCGGGCAGCAUCGGUUUUGAACCAUUAUGGGCCUACACAUGUUGAUGUCAAUGAAACUGAAAUGUUCUCAGGGGCUGCAUCGAACGUUAUACCUAGUUCGAUAUCUUCAUUUCAUCAUCAUAAUCACUUUCGAUCACCACAUCUGUCAAGUCAAAGUGCCCAGGAGAACGGCAUAGACCAUCUUGUUCUGGAUCAUAGUGAUAUAGACGACAAUGAGAGUCAUCAUGUCACGUUUAAGAACAAUGAAGAUUUGCGUCUGGUUCAUAAUGAAUCAGAUAUUGAUUUAUUGGAAGGAUAUGAAUCUGAGGCGACUGACUUUCUCGAGCGUUCAAACUUCAAGUUUUUCAAACCCCAAGAUAUCGAAGCUGCCAAGGGUGUCUCAUCAAUUGCGAGAUUUACAAGUAAUGAUGAUUAUCAUGAAAACACUAAGGUUGACUACGAUACAAAUUGGAAUUCGUUUGCAGACGACUACUCAAUUAAUAAUUACUCUGUACAUACAAGUAAUGCCGAUAGAGUAUCAACUGCAGACUCUCAUACAAAAUUGUACGAUAAUGAUGAAAGCUCAGACUCCUAUGGAAGUACCGAAGACAACCCGUAUAGUGAAUUUUUCAGAGGUGAUGCGGAACGUGCACUAAUUGAAAAUGAAGAGCAAGAACUUCACAUAUACGAGGAAGAUGAACAAUACGAAGACAUGAUAACAAAGCAAGAAUGGGAGAAAACUACAAAGGAACGUGAGUCCAUCAAAUUACACGAUAAAUUCUUCAAAAAAUUCCCGGCUAUUAACCAAAGUCAGCGGUUCUAUAUAGCUGAAGAAGAUUUAGUUGUUGGUAUUGCGGGAUAUCAGACUACAUGGAUCAAGUUAUUUAUCUACAAUUUUAUCUGUAUAUGCACGUUUGGAUCCUUUGCUUUACUUUGCAGAUGGAUACCCAAGUACAGAAUUAAGAUGAUGGGUCAUCAGGUGCCUUUAGCUAAAGCAGAAUGGUUGGUCAUUGAAGAUGAAUUUGGCUCUCUGGAGAUGCCUUCUGUUGACCGGAAAUGGUACAAUAGGAACAUGAGUACAUACUUACCCCCUAAAAAAAUGAAUGAUGAAAAUGUCGACAAUGAAGGUAGCGAAGAAAUAGUUGACAUCAAGUCUUCUAACACAGGUGCAAGCAAAGCGUACACUAUUGACGAUGUUGAUCCGAUUGUCCCUAUUUUGAUUUCAUUUGAAUAUAGGUAUAUGAAGUUGUUCUAUGAUCCAAUUGAUGAUUUAUUCAAAUUACCCAACAAUUGGAUUGAUGAAAAAUGGUGCCAUUAUCCGGAUAUUAAAGACGGGAUCACAGAAACUAACUAUAAGUUGCGUAAGAUGAUCUUUGGCGAAAAUGUGAUUGGAAUAAAGGAAAAGGGUAUAACCACGUUAUUGAUUGAUGAGGUUUUACAUCCUUUCUACGUCUUUCAGAUAUUCUCAAUAUUUCUAUGGCUUGCUGACAAUUAUUAUUAUUAUGCCUUCUGUAUUUUCAUGAUCUCCAUUUUAUCAGUUACGGAAUCUCUCAUUGAAACGCGAUCAACUAUGGAAAGAAUGAGAGACAUGUCCAGGUUUCAAUGUGAAGUGAGAGUUUGGAGAAGUGGCUUUUGGAAAGAGGUUACUUCUGAUGAUUUGGUUCCUGGUGAUAUCUAUGAAAUUUCCGAUCCUUCUCUACAAGUUUUACCAUGUGAUUCUAUCUUGCUAACAGGUGAUUGUAUCGUAAAUGAGGCUAUGUUAACAGGGGAAUCUGUUCCUGUUUCAAAAAUUGCGAUUACACCUGAAUUGGUAAAAGAGCUAGAGCUUGAGUUUAAUAGCACAAAGUUUUCAAGUCAAUUUGCAAAAUCGUAUCUCUACAACGGUACUAAGAUUAUAAGAGUAAGAUACGGACAGUCUGACGAAGAUGGCGGAAACGAACCUGCAACUGCUUUAGUUAUCAGAACUGGCUUUAACACAACCAAGGGUGCUUUGAUUAGAUCUAUUUUGUUUCCGAAACCAGUAGGAUUCAAAUUUUAUGAGGAUUCUUUCAAGUAUAUUGGAUUCAUGACUAUGAUUGCAGGUUUUGGCUUUAUUAUUUCAACAAUAAAUUUUAUAAAGUUAGGAUUGGGUUGGGAUAUUAUUAUUCUGCGUGCCCUUGACCUCAUUACCAUUGUUGUUCCACCUGCAUUGCCCGCAACUUUAACGAUUGGUACCAACUUUGCUCUAAACAGACUGAAACAAAAGAAUAUCUUCUGUAUUGCACCUAUGCGUGUAAACGUUGGUGGUAAGUUAGAUGUCAUGUGCUUUGACAAAACGGGUACGUUGACCGAAGAAGGGUUGGAUAUUAUGGGUAUACAUAUAUCAAGCCCUAAAAGAGAUAGGAAAGAGCAUGAGUUUAGUGAAUUGGAAAAGAAUAUAGAUAUCAAGAACUGUGAAAUUCCAAAUGCCCAAAAGAUAUUCACAGCCAUGUUAACAUGCCAUUCUUUAAAGCUAAUCAAUGAUAUUCCUGUUGGUGAUCCAUUAGAUGAGAAUAUGUUUUCAUUCACAAAAUGGAAUAUGAUUGAAGAUCCAAGUGAAAGUGUGACACUGAGUAAAUUUAUCAAUUCAAGGCAUUUGCUAACUUCAUCCUCUCCUAUUUUAUUUCAGAACAAUGAAGAUGACGACUUUUAUGUGCAGCUGAAAGAAUUUGAGUUUAUCUCGAAAUUGAGAAGGAUGUCGACUAUAUGUGUCAAGUCAUCUGUUAACUCAAUUGGUGAAACAGAUAAGCUCGAGGUUUUUGUUAAGGGGGCACCCGAGGUUAUUGAAACGAUCUGUUUGCCAGAAACCAUUCCUGAAAAUUAUAAUGAAUUACUUUAUCAUUAUACACACAAUGGUUUUAGGAUUAUUGCUUGCGCAACCAAAAGUUUGAAACAUCCGAAGAGGAUCCCUGCUACUGACCUAUCAUUUAUUGGGCAACUAACAAGAGAAAAUGUAGAAUCUGAUCUUGAAUUUAUUGGAUUUAUUGUAUUUGAGAACAAGUUGAAAGAAUCUACGACUAGUACCAUUUCUCAAUUGCAUGAUGCGGCUAUAAGGACUAUCAUGUGUACAGGUGAUAAUAUUUUAACUGCCGUUAGCGUUGGUCGGGAAUGCUCGAUUAUCAAAGGUUCUGCAAGGGUUUAUAUUCCUACUUUUGAUUACGAGUGUUUUGAAGAACAAGCAGAAGAAACAAGUGUUGAGGAGAACGUCCAAGCAAAAGGUAUCCCACCUAUAAUUUGGACUGAAGUAGAUAAUCCAGAUAUGGAGUUGGAUAGAACCACACUGGCACCGUUAGGUAUUCAUGAAGAUGAUAAUUAUUGUCUAGCUGUAACUGGUGAUGUCUUCAAAUAUAUUUUAACAGAGCUAGAUGACAAGCAAGAUUACCUUGAAAAUAUAUUGAUGAGAAGUUCCAUAUUUGCAAGAAUGUCACCAGAUGAGAAACACGAAUUAGUCAAUCAACUACAGAAAUUGGAUUACACCGUGGGAUUCUGUGGAGAUGGUGCAAAUGAUUGUGGUGCAUUGAAGGCUGCUGAUAUUGGUAUCUCCUUAAGUGAGGCGGAAGCAUCAGUUGCUGCACCGUUUACGUCUCGUAUUUUUGAGAUUUCCUGUGUUUUGGAUGUUAUUAAGGAAGGAAGGGCCUCUUUAGUAACAAGUUUUUCUUGUUUCCAAUAUAUGUCACUUUAUUCAGCAAUUCAAUUCAUUUCUGUUUCGAUCUUGUACAAGGAGGGUUCUAACUUAGGUGAUUUCCAAUUCUUGUACAUCGAUUUGAUGCUAAUUAUUCCCAUUGCUAUCUUCAUGUCAUGGGCAAAACCAUAUGACAAAGUAGUGAAGAAAAAGCCAACAGCCAAUUUGAUAUCUCCGAAAAUUAUUGUUUCAUUGGUAGGCAAUAUCAUGCUAAUAUUUAUUGGGCAGCUUGCAGUGUGGUACUGGGUGAAAAACGCAAAAUACCCCUGGUACAUCAAACCUAUUCCUGGUAAUGAUGAUGAGGUGAGUAGCACGGAUAACACUGUUUUGUUUUUCUACAGCACAUUCCAAUAUAUUCUUGUUGCGUUGAUGUUAACAGUAGGCCCUCCAUAUAGGGAGCCAGUUGUGAACAAUAUUCCUUUUAUUAUGACUAUUGUUGGUACGAUUUUUGUUUCACUCAUAUUGAUGUGUAUUGAUGUUAAUUCUUGGUUUGGAAACUUAAUGGACUUGACUUGGUUGAGUUUCGAGGUCAAAUUUGGAUUGUUCACGGGCGCAAUUGUGAACUAUGUUAUGUUAGAGCUGAGCAACAAGUAUGUGUUCAGCAGACUCUCGAGAUUUGUGAAGAGGUUUACCAAGCGGGGUGGAAGUAACAAGAGAUUCAAGAAAUUGAGAAAGGAAUUUAAGAAGUUGGUUUGA